ACAAGAAACCGAUGUUGUAAACAAAUAAAGUAUGCAAUGAAUGCAAAAAAUAAGCAACAAAUAAAUAAAGCGCACAAGCUUAGAAUGCAGCGCUUUGUACGUUUCGGAGAAGUGCUUUAUGAUGAAAAACUGAAUAUAUUGGUGCUGUGUCGGGGCUGCCAGCGCUGUUUUCCUUUGGAGACUUUUAAAACGCAUUUAAACAAAUGCGUGAAUCUAAAGCACAUAACAACAAGUAUUAAUGAAUUGCAGUACAACGAGGCCAAGCGAGAGUUAAGACUUGUAAACAAUGGCAAACAUAAGCUGCACAUAUACGAACCUGGGGCGGUAACUGCAGUGAAGAGCAAGCGUUCUGAAAUUGACUGGGAAGCAGAGCUAGAGGAUCCACGCUGGUAUGAGGAUACUAAAAAGUUGCCAGCUAAAACCAAGUUGGAGUCACCCAACAAUGCCAAAGAAAAUGUGGCCAAGACAACAAAUGCAAUCGUAAAGCAGCAGCAGCAAAAAAUACAAAAUAACCAGCCAAAGCAGUUGCUGCCAGCGCUACCACCAGCCAAACGAAAGCGCCCAGCGAGUCCGAAGCGUACAAUACUUACUAAUCAACAACAACAGCAGAGAUCUUGCUCCCAGCCAGCAAACCAGACUCUGCAUGUACCUCAAGUCAUAAAGGACCUAAGGCGCCUUGAGUCGGCAACUAGGCCAGCUUCUGCUGCUGCCAAUGUAGACAAAGCAAAACCAAAGCGUGAAGCUUGCAUUAUAGAAAAUAUAAGAUUAUCAGCGCCAAGCUUAAGCGCGCCAGCUGUUAAAGUUAAUCAGCCAAACAACAACAACAACAGCAACAACUACAAUCAACAACAAAUUUUAAACAAAUUACGCGCCUGCGGUGUCGAAGUUAAGCGACGUCGUCACACAACAACAACAAAUGAACAUGCAGCAGCAACAAUUACAAAAAAUGCCGAGGCAUUAGCCAUAGUACGUAAGCUACAAGCGCAUGGCAUUAAGUGCACCAAAGUCAAACCAUAAAUAUUGUCUUUAGUAUAU